AUGAAAAAUAUGUUUUUUGAGGCGAAAGCUAGAUCUAAUAGAGGAUCUAUAAACAAUUACAAUGAAGAAAUGAAAAAAAAUCAAUUAAAAAAUACAAUUAAAUAUGAAUUAUUCAAAGAGAAAAUCAUAAAGAAAAAUUUUACAAGAUUUAUCGAGAAUUGUUACCCUCAAAGGAACAAUUUUACCACUUGGUUAUUAAAAGUUUUAGGAUUAUUAUUUUUUGUUACAAUGGCAUCAAAGAUUUAUCUUUUUUAUUAUUUUCCUAUUAAAGAAAAUGGAUUUUCUUCUUCUCUUAUGGUGGUUAAUGAGACACAUCUAAAUGAAAUUCAAGAGAAAGUAACCAUUUUCAAUAAAUCCCAGCACUUCAUUCUAUAUUUUAAUCGGCUACUAUAUGUACCUAUUAGCCGAUACACUCACUUCUUGUUCUCCAUUGUGCUUCUUCGUUGGUUUUACCUUACUCCUCAAUUGGUGGUAGAGACCUAUAAUAGCCGGUUAAAAUUUGAAAAGGAAUGCUAUCACUCAAAUAAUAUACAAAGAUUAGAUGAUUUAGAAAUAAUCAAUAGUAGAGAUUAUUCACAACAUAUAGACAAUAGAAAAACCCUAGCUUUAAUUGUUUACUUUGGAGCUACUAUCAAUCUUAUGGUUGAUGGUGUUAAUUCGGGUGAUCGGGUUGGUUUCGAACAGGUGUCAUUCGAUUCGAUUACUCACAAAAUAUGGAAACAGCCAAUUCAAGAUCGAUAUUAUAGAUGUAGCCAGCGUACCAAAAAGGAAAUAAGAACAAAUAAUGCAACAGACGGAUACAUUCUGAUUACUGCUAAUGGUGGACUUAAUCAAAUGAGAGCUGGGAUAAGUGACAUGGUGGCCAUAGCAUACCUCAUGAAUGCAACUUUAGUGCGACCAAAACUAGAUCAGAACUCGUAUUGGAAAGAUAAAAGUGAAUUUGCUGAUGUAUAUGAUUGGAAAAAAUUUACUCAAGUUCUUAAAGAAGAUAUUAAUGUGGUUGAAUCUAUUCCACCCGAGUUUGAAAGAAGGAAAUUUCUAGUCAAGGCACCUAUUUCUUGGUCAAAGGCUAAUUAUUACAAAUGGGAGAUGUCAAAAUUACUACGGAAAUACAAAGUGAUUCAUUUUAGUCAAACUGAUUCACGCCUCUCUAACAAUGGGCUUUCGGGCUCAAUACAAAGGUUACGAUGUCGGGCCAUGUUUGAGUCACUUGAAUACACAAAUGAAAUUAAAAGCCUUGCAAACAAUUUUAUAAGCAUUUUGAGAAGAAACAACACUCCUUAUAUUGCACUUCAUUUGAGGUAUGAGAAAGAUAUGCUAGCAUUUACAGCCUGCACUCAUAAUUUAACUUUAAAUGAGGCGCAAGAGCUUACAAAAAUGAGACGCCGUACAAGACACUGGAAGGAAAAACGAAUAAAUGGGGAGAAAAAGAGACAACAAGGAGCAUGUCCGAUGACUCCAAGAGAGGUUGCUGUGUUUCUCGAGGCACUAGGGUUUCUGAAUGAUACUAUAAUUUAUAUAGUUGCUGGAGAUAUUUAUGGCCAGAAUGGGUUUGAAACCUUACGUGCAAAGUAUCCAAACGUGUAUGAUCAUAAAACGUUAUCCAUUGAAGAAGAAGUUGCACCUUUUCAAGGUCAUUCCAAUAAACUUGCAGCUGUAGAUCAUAUGGUUGCUCUUGAUAGCGAUAUUUUUAUUUAUACUUAUAAUGGACAUAUGGCAAAAACAGUUAAAGGACAUAGAUUAUAUAAAGGAUUUCAUAAGACUAUCAGCCCUGAUAUAAAGAACUUUGUUAAGCUUAUUGAUCUAUUGGAUAGCAAACAAAUAUCAUGGAAAGACUUCUCUUGGAAAGUUAAGGAGUUGCACAAAGGAAGGGAUGGUUCUCCAACUUAUAGGCAAGUGGGACCCACCCCACGUUUAGAAGAGAGCUUUUACGCAAAUCCAUAUCCUGGAUGUAUAUGCAACAGGAGAAAUUAAAGGAACAACAUUGAAUACAAGUCUUUUUCUAGUGGAAAGGAAGUUUGGGCUUAUA